UCCAGCGCGCAGGCGCCGCCGAGCCCAGCCCGGGCGCUCAGUCCAGGCACUAGGGGGAAAAGAAUCGGCGAUUUGCAGCGAGGAGCAGCUCGAGCCUGUCGGGAUACCCAGCGCCAACAGUACAUUCAGACAAUGCAUCUUCGGUGAGGCUUCUUGAGAGCUCGGUUUCUGGAAAGCCCUGCAAGGCGGAGGCAGCUCAGACUGCCGGGCGCCGGGAGCCCCUCCUCUGCUGCACAGGAGCAGUCUCUCUCCAUCUUCGCCUAUUUGGAUGGCAAAUCAAAUGGAAGAGAAGAGGAAGCAUGACUGCAGCUCGGAUCGGCUCUCUUUGUGGAUUACAUUUUCAGUAAAAUGUAUGGAUCUAUCUUUUCCUUGUUCUUCUAUCUAGAUCAUGAGACUUGACUGAGGUUGUAUCCUUAUCCUCCAUCCAUCUAUGGCGAACUAUAGCCAUGCAGCUGACAACAUUCUGCAAAAUCUCUCGCCUCUAACAGCCUUUCUGAAACUGACUUCCCUGGGUUUCAUAAUAGGAGUCAGCGUGGUGGGCAACCUUCUGAUCUCCAUUUUGCUAGUGAAAGAUAAGACCUUGCAUAGAGCACCUUACUACUUCCUGCUGGAUCUUUGCUGCUCAGAUAUCCUCAGAUCUGCAAUUUGUUUCCCAUUUGUAUUCAACUCGGUCAAAAAUGGCUCUACUUGGACUUACGGGACUCUGACUUGCAAAGUGAUUGCGUUUCUGGGGGUUUUGUCCUGCUUCCACACUGCUUUCAUGCUCUUCUGCGUCAGUGUCACAAGAUACUUAGCUAUCGCCCAUCACCGCUUCUAUACAAAGAGGCUGACCUUUUGGACGUGUCUGGCUGUGAUCUGCAUGGUGUGGACUCUGUCUGUGGCCAUGGCUUUCCCCCCGGUUUUAGAUGUGGGCACUUAUUCAUUCAUUAGGGAGGAGGAUCAGUGCACCUUCCAACACCGCUCCUUCAGGGCUAAUGAUUCCUUAGGAUUUAUGCUGCUCCUCGCACUCAUCCUCCUAGCCACCCAGCUUGUCUACCUCAAGCUGAUAUUUUUUGUCCAUGAUCGAAGGAAAAUGAAGCCAGUCCAGUUUGUAGCAGCAGUCAGCCAGAACUGGACUUUUCAUGGCCCUGGAGCCAGUGGCCAGGCAGCGGCCAAUUGGCUAGCAGGAUUUGGAAGGGGUCCCACGCCUCCCACCUUACUGGGCAUCAGGCAAAACGCAAACACCACAGGCAGAAGAAGGCUAUUGGUCUUAGACGAGUUCAAGAUGGAGAAAAGAAUCAGCAGAAUGUUCUACAUAAUGACAUUUCUCUUCCUAACCUUGUGGGGCCCCUACCUGGUGGCCUGUUACUGGAGAGUUUUUGCGAGAGGGCCUGUAGUCCCAGGGGGAUUUCUAACGGCUGCUGUCUGGAUGAGUUUUGCCCAAGCAGGAAUCAAUCCUUUUGUCUGCAUUUUCUCCAACAGGGAGCUGAGGCGCUGUUUCAGCACAACCCUUCUUUACUGCAGAAAAUCCAGGUUACCAAGGGAACCUUACUGUGUUAUAUGAGGGAGCAUCUGUAAAUCUCUAGCCUUGUGAAACACUAACCUUCUCUGCUAAGCAAUUGUGGCCUGUAGCCAUAUUUUGAGAAGAAAUUCAAGAAUGGGAUCAGCAGUUACGAGGAUUUGGGCAACAUUCUGCAGUCUUUGCAACAGUUCACCUAUAAUCCUAUUUUAAAUCUCAGCGUGAUCCUGCUGACGGCCGGCGAAGGUUUGUAAUUAAGAAAGGACUGAACCACUGCCCUAAGUUUCUUUCUGUGGUUGAAAACUAGAUAAGGAAAGUAGCGGGUGCUAAGUAUCAGUGCUAAAUGCUGUGUAUAUCACUACUUACGAAAAAAAAUCAAAAAAAACCAAUUAGCAUUGGACAUCUUAAUAAAUUAAGUUGACAUGAGGUAAAUGUGUUGAUAAAAACUAAUUUUAGAAGUUUGAAGACUGUAAACAUUUCAUACUAUUUUUGUUUUGCAAAGACUAAACUAUUUGAGGACUUAAAGUACUGUAAUCCACUAAAGACGUGCCAUGAAUUAUUGGAAUAUCACUUUAAAAAUCGCCUUGUAAGUCUGGGGGAGCAUUCCAAAGCAGUAUAUUGGUUCCAAUUAGAGUUUACUUUUUUGUAUUAAUACAUUGCUAUUUCUAAAUACCACCUUUCCUUAACUACCAGUGAAAUUGCUAGCAUUGAACUGUGUUCUGCGGUUAUGUUGAUUUAGUGUAAAGGUUUUCCAAUUCCUUUCUAUUUUACAAAUGCUAGAUAUUGGUGUGGGAGGCAACAUUAAUGGUACCAGCUGGUCACAACUGAGCAGUUCUAAUAAUGCAGAAUAAACACAGGUUGCCUUAAAGGGUUAUCUAGUAUCCUUCAUCUUAUUUAGCAUUGGAGCAAAUAGUCAAGGGACAUCUAAUCAGUCAUGGUCAUUCAUCUGGAAGUGCAUGGAAGAUCAUUUAGUACUCUUGUUCCUUUUUCUUCACAUGGUUUGAAAAUUAAGGUGCACAUCAUUGGCGUAGGAGCUUUUCUUCCGAGGUGUGCUACCCAUUCUGGUGUGCUCUGGGAGGCUGCCAGUUGAAGUGUAUUUAUAUUUUAAGUCAGCUGUCAAGAGGAGACCACAGCCUUAGUAUGACAUCCUGCACAAUUUGUGAAGCAUCUAUUCGAUGGAAGGCACAGUCUUGUUUAUAUUUUCUGCACAUUCAGUGUAUUGGUCGUUUAAAUUAUUUGAGUUUUAACUUGUGAAAGCUUAUAAUAUGAUUUCAGGUACUUUAGAAAUACAUUAGAUUCUGUGAGCCUCAUUCCUUAAGAUACAGAUGUGUGAACUUCAAUAUAAAGUUGCAUUUGCCAAAAUUUAUUCGUGUAGCCUGUUAAUUUUCUUGGAAUAAAUUUUACAUUUUGGCAUAUAAGAAUCACUUUUUUUAAAUCUGGGAGGCAAGCACAAAUUAGGAAAACUUGCUUUACUAUGAUUCUGGUUUUUUUAUUUUUAUACUUACUGUAUUCUGGAAUUGGAAAUGUAUGAAUGAUAACGAGCUGAUAAACUGGCAUAAUAUUAUUUUAAAAAGCAUUAUUGGUAGCUUUUGAUAAUCUUCCCUCUAUUCUUACAUGCAAGUAGUAUUUUAAAAUGUGUAUUUGCUUAAUGUGCUGGUUCAGAAUUUUAAUAUAAUUAUCACAGUUUAAUUUGUGCAUAAGUUGUAAGACAAAUGUUUUGUCAUAACGUGAAAAAAAGAGAGGAAGUUAGUUUUGUUUGUUUUUCAUUGUUUUAUUUAUGGGGCUUUUUGCAUUGGAAAAACAAGUUUAGGAAUCUAGUGGGACAGAUUUUCUCAUUGGUAUAGUACUUCUAUAAAGAGAAUAUCCGUAUAAAAAAGAACAAGAUAACUGAAAUGUUUUAAUGACACUUGAAAUUGUUCAGUUUUGCUUAUAUAAGGACAGCUCAAGCAGUGAUUCAGUGAGUAUUCCGGACUCAUUUUACUCCACCCAAGUUGAUUGGAUCUGAGACAAAGUUUAAUGCUCAACAGUGAGUUUGGUGUAGCAAUAAAGGCUCCUAGCUGCUACUAAAACCCUUAUCUAAAACACAAUAAAGAAGAUGCUACUAA